GAUACUAUUGCGAGUACCUCUACGGGAACUUUAAGGCGACUCUUUGUGGCAAAGUGGACGAGAACAACUUCUGGCGAGUCAACGGCCAGGAUUUGUAUUUUCCGACAAUCGAAGCCGGCUGUGGAGAGCAUAUCUGCAUGUGCCACGGGCACUCGGACACGUUCAUAGACUCGAAUCUCGAGCACCUUUGCCGGAAGGGGGAGGAUCCCCACUUCAUGGGCCAGUGGGGCCAGGACAGGUUCCUGGUGGAGAAUGUUUUUGGGAACUUGGAGGGUCCCGGGCUCUACGUCGAUGUGGGCACCUCUCACCCUUUCCAUCUCUCCAACACUGCGUUUCUGGACAGCUGUCUUGGUUGGCGGGGCGUCUGCCUUGAGCCAAACCCGCGGCUACACCACGUCCUGCGCGGACUCCGGACCUGUUCCGUGGUGAACGCUUGCGCCUGGGCCAAUGAGACCUCGUUCAAGUUUUCCAACGACAUGGAGCUCGCGGCCCGGACGAGCAUCGAGGAUCUGAAGCCGAGCAGGCCUGGCGAGAUCCCGGCGGACCUCCAUCCUUCCGAGACCUUCUUCGAGGCGCGGUGUGCGCCGUUGCACGACUUGCUGCAGGAAGGCUUGGUACACAUCUUGAAGCCCGAGGAAGUCCAUGCGGCCGCUUCCGGUGAGUGGAAGCCGAGGAUCGACCUCCUCUCCGUGGACGCGGAAGGUGCGGAGCUCGAGAUCUUCGCUGACUUCCCCUUUGAGGCUUGGGACAUCCGCUGCAUCGUAAUCGAGACGAGCCGUCGUACGUCUAUGGCCAUCGACAGCCUGCUGUUGCCCCUGGGCUUCGUCAAGGUCGCCAUCCUGGGCAAGGACGCCGUGUACCUUAGCCAGUCGCAGAUGGCCAACUUUCCCUCAGGCAGUCACCUCCGGCUCCCGGAGCGGAUCUUGUGGAACGCGCCUGGCUCCGACUCGGACAUGAUUGAGUACCGGCGCUUCCAGCGGAUGUUUGGCCUCGAUGGAGAUCUCGAUGUGGAUGUCGGUGACCAGCGGCUUCUCAAUGAGACGGAGCUACUGCGGCAGGCAGAGCGCCAAGAGGCCAAAAAUCAGCAGUCCUACGCCGAGGCGCUGGGUGGCGUUGCUGACACUUCGCUUGGUGGCCGGCUGACAGCCGAGCAGAGAGAAAAGCUCGACGAACCCCAGGUGAAGGAGAUACUUUCGGAUCCACUUGUGCG